AUGCUCAAGAGCCUCACUUCCAAGGUGGUCAGCCAGCUCCGGUCCCGCCAUCUGGAAAUCAAGUUCAGCAAGGGCGUGGAUUGUUGCUUCAACAGCCUGAUCAAGGAACACGCGCACUUUUACACCAAAAGGUUCUGGCCACUUCCGGAAGGCUUUGAGUUCCCUCCAAAGCCAAACCUUCCCCAAGUGCUUCGAUGCUGGCUCAAGGGUCAAAGGUAUGGCAACAAAUAUGUCAAGUCAUUUUGCCAGCUACGACCAAAGGACCUCCCAACCCGAGUACUCCAGUUACAGAUGCGAGGUGAAUGGCAGAAAUUUUUCAAGUAUCUCGAGAACAAUGGGUUAGAAAUGCCUAGUAACACGAGCGAAGAAGUGACUGAAGCACAAUUGGAAUGUACUACCGAUGAGAUGUGGGACCUUUUGGAAAACAGGGUUUCCUAUGCUUUCACAAGAAAGAAUGCAAAAAGCCCUUGUCUUUCUACUUUUGCGCAAGGAAGUUAUCGCCAUCAGAAAUUAUUAAGAAUGGAAAUCCGUCAGAUAAGACUUACUUGGAAUCGAGGCAGGAGGCAAAACCUGCCGCAAGACAAUGGAAAAAUCGAGUCCGACCGCUGGCUAAAAAUCCAAAGUACCUUAGACGAGGAAAGCAAAAAAAACAGCAAAUGCAAUGAAUCCAGCAAGAUUGCAACAGGCAACAAUUCAUGCAGGAGCGGGUAUCUUGCUCGAACCGAUUAA